AUGGCAGGACGGCUCUAUGCGGUGCGCGUCGCGCUGAUUCUACGUAUACAUAAACCUUUAACACAUUCAACACACCCGCUGAACACGCCACGAACACCAUGGCGAGGCUAUGCGAACGGUCACCCUCAUCCUCCAGGCGGCACGCACCGCAUGAAUCUGGAUGGUGAAGAUGAGAAAUCGGCGCUGGAGACGUACGGUGUCGACCUCACAGCGCGCGCGAAAAAUGGCCGCCUCGAUCCCGUAAUUGGAAGAGAUGGAGAGAUUCACCGCACGCUGCAAGUCUUGAGCCGCAGAACGAAGAAUAAUCCGGUCCUCAUUGGUGCCGCUGGCACUGGAAAGACUGCUAUUCUAGAGGGUUUGGCGCAAAGGAUAGUGAAAGGAGACGUUCCUGAAAGCAUGAAGAACAAACGUGUCAUAUCACUAGACCUCGGACAGCUAAUAGCAGGAGCGAAGUUCCGCGGUGACUUCGAGGAACGUUUGAAGAAAGUGCUGAAGGAGGUCGAGGAGGCCAAAGGAGACGUUAUCCUCUUUGUUGACGAGCUACAUACUCUUCUAGGCCUUGGAAAGACCGAAGGCAGUAUUGACGCAAGCAAUCUCCUCAAACCUAUGCUAUCUCGCGGCGAGCUCCAAUGCUGUGGAGCAACGACGCUCAACGAGUACCGUCUGAUUGAGAAGGAUGUUGCGCUUGCACGCAGAUUUCAACCUAUUCAAGUUGGGGAACCCACCGUGCAAGAUACUGUCUCCAUACUUCGAGGCAUCAAAGAACGAUACGAAGUACAUCAUGGUGUGAGAAUUACGGACGGGGCCCUUGUUGCCGCCGCAACUUAUAGUAAUCGCUACAUCACCGACCGGUUCUUACCAGACAAAGCGAUCGAUUUAGUUGAUGAAGCUGCGUCUGCAUUACGUCUUCAGCAAGAAAGCAAACCAGACACCAUACAGGAACUCGAUAGACAGAUCAUGACUAUCCAGAUCGAAUUGGAAUCGCUCAGGAAAGAAACUGAUAUCGCCAGUAAAGAGCGGCGUGAAAAACUUGAGGAGAAGCUGAAGUCUAAACAAGACGAAGUAGCAAAGCUUUCAGAGAAGUGGGAACAAGAGCGGAAAGAGAUUGCCGACCUCAAACAGACACAAGCCGAACUCGAACAAGCCAGGCAAGAGCUUGAGGAGGCGCAACGUGAGGGGAAUUUUGCGAAGGCAGGAGAACUGAGGUACUCUCGAAUCCCUGCGUUGGAGGACAAGCUGCCCAAAGAGGGCGCGGAGUCCGCAAGAAAGGGCCCCGAUUCUCUUAUACAUGAUUCAGUAUCAUCGGACGAUAUUGCUACCGUAGUUUCACGGAUGACGGGGAUCCCGGUAACCAAGUUGAUGAGUGGCGAAGUCGAAAAGCUCAUCAAUAUGGAGGAUACCUUACGACAAUCGGUACGUGGUCAGGAUGAAGCCUUGGCCGCUGUUGCGAAUGCAGUCCGGAUGCAACGUGCUGGCUUGAAUGGAGAAAAUCGACCCUUGGCUAGCUUCAUGUUCCUCGGACCUACUGGUGUGGGCAAGACUGAACUGUGCAAAAAGAUGGCAAAUUUCUUGUUCAGCACUGAGUCAGCAGUCAUCCGUUUUGACAUGAGCGAAUUUCAGGAGAAACAUACUGUCAGCAGACUGAUUGGCUCUCCUGCUGGCUAUGUUGGAUACGAAGACGCUGGUCAACUGACAGAAGCAGUUCGACGUAAGCCAUACGCCGUCCUUCUGUUUGAUGAAUUUGAGAAGGCCCACCGCGACAUCUCAGCCUUGUUGCUCCAAGUGUUGGAUGAAGGUUUUCUCACAGAUGCGCAGGGGCAUAAAAUCGAUUUUCGCAAUACAAUGAUCGUGCUCACAUCAAAUUUGGGCGCUAAGAUUAUUCUUGGGGAUGACGCAAUUCAUAGCCGCAAGCUCAAAGAAGAUGGAGAGAUUUCACCAGAAGUCAAAGCCGCGGUCAUGGAUGUGGUUGCGUCAAAUUACCCACCAGAAUUCCUUAAUCGCAUUGAUGAGUUUAUAGUAUUUAGAAGACUGUCACGCUCCGCACUACGCGACAUCGCCGAGAUCCGACUAAAAGAGCUCCAGGCAAGACUUGAUGAUAGGCGUAUCACGCUACACGUGCCGAAUGAGGCUAAGGAUUGGCUCUGUGAACGUGGAUAUGAUCCCAAAUUCGGUGCUCGACCUCUCAACCGCCUGAUAGCACGCGAGAUUGGUAAUGGAUUGGCGGAUAAGAUAAUUCGCGGUCAGGUCAAGACUGGAGACACAGCAACAGUCGCGAUCAAAGAAGGGGGUGAGGGACUAGUUGUGCUUAAUCACUCGUCACAAGUGAUCUAGGCUGCACUGUAUAAAAAUUUAUGAUGCUCAGGUAUGUUUAUCUGAUAUAGUCUUGUAUAUAUACUAUGCCAAACUCCACUUUGGUAUUCCUGAUGACGCAUUGAAAGGACUUCCGUCCUAAGCACACUGCGCUAUACUUUAAUACACCAGAAUAUGUAUUAGAAGAUACUUCUCCGUCC